UCUAAUGAGAACAUUGAUUGAAAUUCUGCAGCAUCAGCAAGACAAAGUAAAAAAAAUACUUCCUGCUUUGGCUAAAGAUAUAUUUAGAUAGGCUGUCUGCAGAGUCCUUAUCACAACUUAAUCUGCAGUAUCACCAGGCUUGGGCACGAAGUAUUACGUUUAAAGGCAAUGAAAGUGCUACAAAACAAGAGCUGGAUAAAAUAUCUGUCGAAAUUGGUGCCUCUUCUUUUGAAAUCGAUCACCUUUUCAGGGAAGUUGGCCAGAUCUACAAAGAGUCACAGACACCACAAGGUACUGACAAACGCUCAGCUGCUUUGCCAGGCAUCGCAGCAGAUUUGAUUGUCUCUGGGUUCCCUCUUGAACUCAUGGACGGUGAUGCCUCACAUGUCCCUCUCUCUUGGAUCAGCACGGUUUUGGACAAAGUGAUUGAGAAAAUCGGAGACAAAAAGCUGUUUGUCCUCUCCAUCCUGGGUAUGCAAAGCAGUGGCAAGUCCACGCUGCUGAAUGCCAUGUUCGGUCUCCAGUUCCCUGUGGGUGCUGGGAGAUGCACCCGAGGCGUUUACAUGCAGUUGGUGAGGGUGGAGGAAGAGUUAACCACAGCUGGGAUUUGACUUUGUGUUGAUAGUCGACACAGAAGGGCUCCGAGCCCCAGAGCUAUCAAAUGCGACACCCACUCAUGCCAAUUAGCUGGCUACGUUUGUGAUCGGCCUUGGCAACGCGACUGUGAUCAACAUUUUUGGAGAGAAUCCAUCAGAGAUGCAAGACAUUCUACAGAUCGCUGUGCAGGCGUUUCUGAGAAUGAGGCAGGUUAAGUUGUCACCGAGCUGCGUGUUUGUGCAUCAAAACGUAGGAGAUGUGACCGCUCAAGACAAUAACGAAGAUGGCAGGAGACGCCUUCAGGAGAAACUCGAUGAGAUGACACGCUUUGUCGGUCAGCAGGAGCAGUGCGAUGUUGAUUCUUUUGACGAGGUGAUCCGGUUUGACGUGGACUCCCACAUCCAUUACUUCGCUCAUCUUUGGGAGGGAAAUCCUCCAAUGGCUCUGACAAAUCCAAGCUACUGCCAAAAUGUUCAAGAUAUUAAAAAAAUGUUACUCAACAUUGCUAAAAGAGAACGCAACGUCGUAAAGAUAUCAGCGUUCAAAGCACGAAUUCAGGAUCUAUGGACGGCUUUGCUCUCAGAAAACUUCGUGUUUAGCUUCAAGAACACUCUAGAGUUCGCAACUUAUAGCAAACUGGAAGAAAUGUAUGGGAAAUGGACUUGGAGUCUGAGGAGUUAUCUUAUUCAAGAGGAGAAUAAUAUGUAUAAAAGAAUUAACAACCGUCCAGACGUAACUUCUCAUUUUAAUUGCUCAUAUAUUGAGCAAAGCGUUUUGCCACAAUACAACGAGAUCAGGAAAGAAAUUGAAACAUAUUUCAAUGGAAAUGAUGCUGAAUUGUUGAGUCAAUGGAAAGCGAACUUCGUAAAAAGAUUUGAAGCAAUUAAGGAUGAGCUUGUGACUGAUACUUACAAAAAAUGUACUGAUCUGAUGAAGCAAAAGAUUGCUCUGAACAAACUAGAUCAAAAUAGAUCACGCUAUGAUGAUCAGCUGAUGAAGAAGAGCAAGGAUUUGGCUUCAGAACUGAAAACUACUGCACAUAAAGAUAUCCAAUUGGAGAAAGAGUUCGAUAAAAUGUGGGAAGAAUGGACCAAUGAAGUAAGAAAAAGCAUUAUCCCACCUGGAAAAGUAGAUUUUAGAAUUCAAGUACAAAAAUCACUGCAGGAGAAGUUUAAAAGUGAAACUGUAUCCAUGUUUACAACAAGUUAUGAAGAUACAUCAUUCGUGUUUUCUCAUGAAGAGCAUGUCGUGAUUAAACGAAAACAAUAUUGGAAACCGGUAACCCUAGUAGCUCAAUAUUUACAAACCAGUUAUCCACAGGAGAAGAAUAUGGUCAAAAGAAUAACAGAAAAUGCAGAACAUGCUGGCAGGAAAAUGAUUGAAGUUCUUGAAAAUCGGAAGCUUGGUUACAAUGAAACCAAUAUACAUGAAGUAAUACAAGCUGUGCUGACAGCUGUAGAUGCUGGUGUAAAUGAUACAGCUUCUAGUUACAAUGUAACAUUGAAGCUCACAAAUAGGUAUAAGCUAGAUUUAGUAAUGCACAUUUUGGCAAAGGCUGAAGGGAGGUUUCAUAAAUUACAGAAUGAUUUCCACAGGGCAAAUGAUCCUCUAAUAUACAUCAGCAGCAAGAAAGAAGAUUACUUUAACAGCUUUAAAAUUCGAUACGAAGGAGCAACAAACACCACAAUCUUUGCUGACACUUUGUGCAGCAAACUUAAAACAGCCAUGCACCAGGCAGUCUGUGACAAAGCCAGAAUUGACAUUGCAAGCAAAAUUAAGUCUGAAUGUCCGGAAUUCAAUGGCAAUCGAUCAAAUUUAGAAAAGUACAUCAUGAUACAUUUAGCAGAGAAGGAACUAUUUCGGGAAUAUAAUUUAUACAUUGAUACACCAAACAUAUAUUUUGAAAAAUACAUUUCAGAAUAUGUUGAAGAAUAUUGCUCAGCAGAUCAAAAUAAGAUCAUUGGUACAAUAUUACGAUCAUGUCUUGAGCUUUACGGAAACUAUGUUUUUCAUGCAAUUAUUUAUGCAUCAACAGCUGUCCAAAGAAACAACGGCGAUGCAUCAUCGUGGCUGGAAGAAUUUCAUAAACAGCUUGACAACAGAAUCCAUUUACCAAGGCAGAGUCUGGUUAGAGCUCACUACAAAGACAUUGAUGACAUCGCCUACUUUGGAGAUGAACUUACCAAAUCAUUCAGAACCAUGGUGGCACAGUUGAACGAACAAUAUUCUAAAGCAUCCUUACAAGAUUUAGAAGACGGAAGGAACACACCUCAUGACAUGCUGCGUGAACAGAUGAGUGGGUGCUGGGUGCAGUGCCCAUUCUGUAAAGCCAUCUGCACAAACACGAUACCAAAUCAUAAGGACCACAGCGUUCAGAUUCAUCGGCCACAGGGAGUGAAUGGUAUACAUUGGUGUAACACGAGUUAUUUUGUCAUUGAUAGUUGUACAAGUUUAGUUGACAGUAACUCCAUGUUAACGCUUCCAGAAGGCAAGAACAUACCAUACAAGAAUUAUCGUGCAGCAGGGCCAGAAUAUGAAAGUUGGAGCAUCACGCCAGUCUUAACUGAGCAGCCAUAUUGGAAAUGGUUUGUCUGCAAAUUUAAGUCGGACCUAGAGAAGCUUCACAUUUUGCAAUUCGAAGGCAGUGGUGCCAUUCCAGAGAGCUGGAAAAAAAUUACAAGGGAAGAGGCGAUUGCAGACUUGCGGAAAAUUUUAUUUUGAACACUAUUGAUACGUUAACAAAUGGGAACAAUUGCUGAAUUUAAACUCAGUUUGUCCUUUCCUUUUUUGUAUUUUACAUAUACUUUUAUGUACAGUAAUCCAUUUAAUCUCUAUCAUCUGACAAAAGUGCCUUUAAGUUUAUAUUCACAAUUAAUGGGAAUGAUAUAUCUGUUGUAGUUCUCUCAUCGUAAAUAUCAUAAUUAACAAUGGCAUAAGACUGAAUUGCAGUAACUUUAUCAUUGGGUAGCACCAUUCGGCCAAUACAUUGUCAUAGAUAAUGUCAGUUAGUCGAUAGAGAUGAUGUUGAUGAAUGUUGAGAUUAGUCAACAUAGGGAUGGGACUUUAGAUCUUGGAUUGCUUCGUGCUUCGAAAGGAAACCACCUCCACGUUUGCCAAAUUGGAAGAAAACGCUCUGGAAUUUCACUGAGUUGCUCGGACUUGUCGUGUUUAACAUCCAUUCAUAAUUCUCGUAAAUGGCACCCCUUCCAUUCACAAAUAACCUAACUUACUUAGUUAUCUUAAUAUGUUACGUGAACACACUGCUCUCGGCUGACCACAAUAUACCGACAGACCUCAAACAUCGUGAUUGAUCAUUUAAGCGCUAUCCAGGCUCAACCUACUCAUUGUCUUAGAUAUGUUCAAAAGAUAAAAACGUAGUUUUACAAGAUGCGAAGUGAAAACACAGGAGCCUGCAUUGUAAAGAUAACUUUACUGUAGGGCAUUACGUAGUUUAGCAAUUAUGCAAACGUGCCAUUGUAAAAAAAAAAUCACUUCUUCUUGGUUCUUUCUUUCGGUAAAGUAACGUGACUUUACCAAAAGAACCAAGAAGAUGAAUCCCUGCAGUCACGAAAGCUUUAAAUCGAAAUUUAAUUUGUAACUUGUUUAUAUAAAAAUCGUAAGGUUCCCAUUGUUGAUUGUCGCGUUCAUAAUCACACAAACAAGGCGAGUAAAUACUCACACCUAAUUUUCUCCCCCAUGAUGCACAUGUACCAUUGUGUUGUACUACGUCUUGAGAUGCAUGGCAUUUAGACGCUGUAUAAAUACAAACUCCAUUGUCAUAAAAUAAAAAUAUUUAAAAAUGAGGAAUUAUGGUUACAGUCAAGGACCCGACCAAUCUCCUUCAUUUUCCACAUUGCAUAAAAUUCGCACCACUUUGCCACAUUCAGUUACAAGCUUCUGCCAUUGGAAUGUAGAUGUUACGUUGCUGGCUUAAGGUUUUAAAAUAGAUAUGAGGCGAUGAUUGGAUGUUAUUAUCACCCUGCUCUAGUUUGAAAGAGAAAACUUUGCCACUUUUUUUGAAAACAAUCUAAAUGAGUUUACAUGAACGUGGCCCUGUCACCGUGCGAGAUUUCAAUUAUUAUCGACAAAUCUUAAGCCGUUUCGAAUCGCAUCGUGAAAAAAGCAUCAUGGCAAACCGAUUCGUAUUUGUCAGUGUUGGGCCUCGAAAGCCAAUCACUUGUAAUUAAAUUAGUCCCCGCGGUGAAUACAAACAUUAUGUAAGCGUGGUGAAUUGUAAUUGUGCAUAAUCAGAUGACUCUCUAGACUAGUUUGCUUGACUUUUAAUGUUUUUGAUGAUUUAACAUAAUGUUUAGAUAUUUGUCUUAACAUUAAUUAACGAUAACAUGCAUCUAAUUGUGUUUCUCAUGAUGCUAAUGAUUGGCGUUAUCUUGAUAUGCAGUUAAUGUCGUCUGUGGGGUAUUGCUGAUGCAUGUAAC